GAAAUCGAAAAUUCAAAAUUGCAUGAACGUAGUAUGCUUGAUGUCUUGGUCUAGAACUCUUAAGAGUCUUAACCCUAAAUUUCUAAUUACUUAGCCAAUUUGUGUUUGACGUCUCUUGCAUUAAGACACAUUAUCCAAGUAAGUAGUGACGUCAUGAUUAAAAUAAUGCAUUAAUAUUGAAUAGUAGUGCUCAUAAAAUUCAAAGAACAAUUCUCUUAAAUAUGGAGUAAUUAUUAUUAUUCUUCCUCAUGUUUGUUUCAAUUAAUUAAUUUCCGCUCUCAUUAUAAUUUGAUACACAAAAAUCUUAUUAUCAUUAUUGUAGAAUAUACGAGUAAUUAUUAUGGAGAUUACCUUAAGCAAAAUUGCAAGCUCCUUGGUGUGUACUAUCAUCAUAGCAUGGGUUUGGAAGACAUUGAAUUGGAUAUGGUUGAAGCCAAAAGCACUCGAAAAACGCCUUACAAAGCAAGGAUUACAAGGUCACCCUUACAAGGUGUUGCAUGGUAACACCAAAGAAAUUGCUAAAAUGGUGAACGAAACCACUUCCAAACCUAUGGAGAGCUUUUCCAAUGAUUAUAUCCCUCGGAUCUUCCCUUUCCAUCUUCAAACCAUCAAGAGUUAUGGUGAAAAAUCAUUUGUAUGGGAUGGACCAACACCUACGGUGAUUAUAACCAAACCCGAAGAAAUAAGAGAAAUAUUCAUGAAGAUUUAUGAUUUUACGAAGAUAAUACCACACCCAUUUGUAAAAAGGAUUACUAAUGGUUUAACAAGGCUCGAAGGCCAAAAAUGGGCUCAAGACAGAAAAUUGCUCAACCCUGCUUUCCAUAUGGAGAAACUAAAGCAUAUGGUGCCAGCAUUUCAAGCGAGUAGUAACACCAUGAUACAAGAAUGGGAGAAGAUGACAUUGAAAACAGGAUCGAGUGAGCUCGAAAUCUGGUCGUAUUUACACAAUCUAUCUGCAGACGCAAUCUCUCGUGCAGCAUUUGGGAGUAGUUUUGAAGAAGGAAGGAGAGUGUUUGAACUUCUUAGAGAACACAUCUCAAUAACUACUAAAUCCAUACAGUCAGUUUAUAUCCCCGGAUCUAGGUUUCUCCCAACGAAAACAAACAAAAGGGAGGCGGAAAUUCUCCAUGAAAUGGAGUCAUUGCUAAAAGAGAUGAUUCGAAGGAGGCAAAAGGCAAUGGAGAAUAAUGGAGAAGCAGCUAAAGAUGAUUUGCUAGGGUUAUUACUCAAAUCAAAUGUAGAAGGAAUACAAGAUCAUCAAUUUUUACAUGGAAAUAACAAACAACAACAUUUUAAAAUGGGUAUGAAAGAAAUAAUUGAAGAGUGCAAAAUGUUCUAUAUUGCUGGACAAGAAACCAUUUCAACAUUGUUGGCAUGGACCCUUGUUUUGUUAAGCAAACACCAAAAUUGGCAAGAACAAGCUCGAGAGGAGAUUAUCGCGAUUAUCGGCCAUGAUACACCUCAUUUAGAUGGCUUAAAUCAGCUGAAAAAGGUGAACAUGAUACUUCACGAGGUUCUACGACUAUAUCCACCAGUACCUUCACUUACACGGAAAGUUUCCCAUGAAAUGAAAGUAGGAGAUACAAUUCUACCAGCUGGUGUACAAGUCAAAUUAUCACUGAUUGAUGUUCAUCAAAGUGAAAAAUAUUGGGGUUCUGAUGCAAAGGAGUUUAACCCAGAUAGAUUUUCACAAGGGAUUUCGAAUGCAACCGGAGGAAAGAUGUGCUUCUUCGCAUUUGGAUGGGGGCCUCGCAUAUGCAUUGGAUCGAAUUUCGCGAUGAUGCAGGCUAAAAUGGCGUUGGCAAUGAUUUUGCAACGUUUUUCCUUAGACCUCUCACCAUCUUAUGAGCAUGCUCCUACUAGUAGCCGUGGAACCCUUCGUCCUCAAUUUGGUGCAAACUUAAUACUACGUCGUAUCUAAAAUUAUGCUUCUUUAAAUUAAUUUAUUGCUACAAUAUAUAGUUGCAGCAAUAAAGCUGAUGAGUUUAAAUUAAUGGAGUAGCUUAUAUACGACAACAUUGAUUAUAUAUAUAUUUUUUUGUUCUUUUUUAAUUGUAAUGUAUUUACUUAAAAACAAAUCGAGAAAGUAUUUGUAUAUAAUGCUACUUUAAUAUCUAAGAUUAUAUUAUAGGGCACGUGCAUAUUAAUGUACUCCGAUCCUAUUACGAAGAUAUUAAGUGUAUGACUUGCAAAUUUAUGCUAAUUGUAUUGCCUAAGAGCUCAGCACAAGGAAAGAAAACGUCAUAAAGGCUUUUAAUCAAAUUAGGA